AUGACUUCUCUGGCAUUCUUUUGUGUCUGCUUGCGUCUCUUGUCUCGGUAUGAGCGGAAACAGGCUCUCUGGUGGGACGAUUAUAUGAUUGUCUUUUCCAUGGCGUGGAAUUUGAUAGUGGUCGCAUUUAUUUCUCUGAUGAUUCAUGCUGGUAUGGGUCUCCAUGUUACAGUGGUCGGUGUUGAGGGUGCCGUAUUGAUGGCCAAGUAUCUCGUUGUGGCCGAGGUUCUCUACGUGUACAAUCUAGUCUGGACCAAGCUGUCCUUUUUGUUGAUGUACUACCGAAUUUUCCACUUCGAUUACUUCAAGCGAUGGGCCUACGCCAUUGGCGGCUUUGUCAUUAUUUGGGUUAUCAUCGUCACUUUUCUUUUUGUUUUCAUCUGUGUGCCAGUUCAGAAGUUAUGGUAUCCUGAACUGCCUGGUCAUUGCAUCAAUCAAGUGGGAACUUGGAUCGCCAACGCUUCAUCGACGAUUGCCACCGACUUGGUGAUUCUAAUUUUACCUAUGCCCCAGAUUUGGAAACUGCAAUUGGGUAAAGUGGAAAAGGUGGCUUUAACUCUGACAUUUUGUCUCGGGUUUUUGCGUGCCCCAACACCCUGGAGUUCUCGCAUCACCGCGUCCAGACUCACGAAGAGCCAGGGCAAUAGACCACUCGACAACAGCAAUAACACCCUACGGAAGGAUAGCCCACACGCCUUCUCACAAAUUCCCGACAAUAAGCUGGGCUCUAGGGAUGAUUGGGACCCAAACUCCAACGAUACGUCGCUAAGACCUGACAAGUGUGCGGAAAUGAUUACCAGGGUGAUGGGCUCGAGGGGCGAUGAGGAUAGCUUGGAGGGCGAUGAAGUUCCGUUGCACAAUAUUAGAAUACAGACCGACUUUGAGCGGAUGGCCAAGGCACAUCCCGAUGCAACUGCAAUCACCACGUCCGAUGGGAAGCAAGUCUCUUAUAUUGACACGCUUAGUCAAGCCCGAAGCAUUGGUUAUAUUCUGCGGAAAUCUGGGAUCCGACCUAAACACCACGUCGGCAUUCUAGCCCGCCCUGGAAUUGAUACACUCAUUGCGGGAAUUGCCAUUUUGAUGAUAGGCGCGGCCUACGUUUCCCUGGACCCAGAUCACGCACCGGACCGCCUUAGUUUCAUGGCGUCAGACGCCAUAACAGUCGGUGGUAAAAUCGACCGUCCCAACCUCCAACAUCGCAAUAUCAGCGAUGACAUCGUUUUACCUAUUGAAGAAAAUCUCUCGACAAAUAAGGCAAAUGGCAGUACUAUGGAUCUGGAGACUCCUCCAGAUGAUGAUUACGUGAAUGACGUCCUUGCUGACUUCCGCCAGGUGUUAAAAAGGGAGCAGAUCUACCCUCAUGCCAACUUUUUUGAGAUUGGUGGAAACAGCCUUCUGGUACUCAGGCUUCGAUCCAAAUUUCAGCGCAGAUUUGAUUUUUCUCUGAAUUUACCAGAUUUGAUCAACCUCAAGACUGCGCAGGGGAUUGUUGAGUUUAUUUGCGCCCUCAAGAACCCUUGGGGAACUGUUGCUGUUCCUGAUAUCACGAUUGAUUGGAUUCAGGAAACCGCUCUCCCAUCCGGUCUUGAAUCAAAACUAUUUUCAGUUGCCUUGAAGAAAUAUAGCAGAAAGGCCGAACUACUGGCGCAGACACUUUCGUUGGCGCUCAUCUUGUAG